CAUGGCCAAAACUCGUGGUGCGACCGCAUUGUUUUUGUUGCGCAGAUUUUGAUUCGAUUUGAUGUGUGAAACUGCCUUUCAGUCUGGACGAAUCCUAAGACAACCCAGGCAGGAUGUCCAUGCGGCGCCAGCGCAUCAAGGCUCCGGCCAACCUGUCGCUCAUCAAGCGCAAGCCGCGCAGGGAGGAGCUCGCCGCCCCGAAGGAGGAGCCGCAGGAGGAGGCGGUGGUGGUUGAGGCCCCGCCCGUUGCAACGACCCCUGCAGAAGUGGAACUCGAUCGAGCUGAUGCAAUCGCCUUCAAAAUGCCCGCCAGUUCGGCGGCGGAGGACGUCUUCCACUCGGACAUCGAGGACAAUGUCAUCCAGAUGGACUUGCAAAAGACCAACAACGGAUUUCCCAUGUCGCCCAGCAAGGCGCAAGCCCGCCAACGCGUGCGACCCACUCCCUCGUUUGGCCAGCGGCGCAACAGCUUUGUGGGCUCCCCAAUGGCGGGGGAUUACGAGGGCGACUACCAAUCGCCGGCCACGCCCACGCGGCGGGAGCGCUACCUCAGCGGUUCGUCGACGGGAACACCGCAGCAGCAGCAGUCGGUGGCAUCGCCCAUGCCGCCGUCGCCCUUUAAGUACCUGCCGCCCAUGAGUCCGGGCAUGGGACGCAUUCGCACCGAGUCCACCUGUUCCACCUACUCCGAAGGAGGCAGCAAGCAGCGCAAGGGCGACGACAAGUCGCAGAAUCAAGGAGGAGCUCGGCUGAAUGCCCGUCGUGACUUCGAGACGAGGUUCAACAAGGGAGUGCCCGACAAGUCGACGUUCAAGAUGAUGGACAUGAUAUUCUACAACCCCGAGAACAAUCCCAUGGUGCCCAAGCAGGCAGUAACGACGAUUAAAGACGAGUCCAACGGGGAUGAGGCCAAGCCUGCGACGGAUCAGCUGCUGGAGGCCAAGGGAGAGUCCACGGCGGCCAUGCUGGUGCCUCAACUGAAGCUGGAUGCCAAUGGCGAGAUGAUCAUUGACGAAAAAACGCUGGAGAUCGAGACCACAGCCGAGGUGGAGGCGCGCAAGGUGCUGGCCAACUCAUCUUUGAUCCUAAUGGACGAGACUACGGGUGACAAUGGCUUCUAUAAACGCCACAAGCGCACGCCAUACUGGACGUCGGAUGAAACAGUGCGUUUCUAUCGCAGCCUGCAGAUCAUCGGCACGGACUUCUCGCUGAUGUGCCAAAUGUUUCCCACGCGAUCGCGUCGCGAUCUGAAGCUCAAGUACAAAAAGGAGGAGCGCACCAAUGGUCAGCUGAUCAACAAGGCGCUGCUCUAUCCCAAGGCAUUCAACAUUCAGGAACUCAAGGACCAGCUAGAGGAGGAGGAUCGCGAGCGGGAGGAGAAUGAUCGCCAGUGGAAGGAGAUUUCAAAGGCUGUUCCAGGCAAUCCUAAAAAGCGUUCUCGCGUGCAGCAGCAAAGCAAAGCUGCACGUGCACUAAACGAUGGCGACGUUGUCUACGAAAACGAGCAUGUGACGAGCAAGAAGCUUGGCAAGCAGGCCUGGGCCAAAAGGCGCAAGGAUCUGGAGACGGAUGAGAAUGACGGCAGCGUUCCGGCCAAACGAAAGCCAAAGGCUAAGCGACGGACUCCAAAACUUCCAACGCAAGCGGCGGCGGAGGGACAAGCCAUUAAGCAAGAGAAAGCGAUCAAAACCGAACAAACAGGAGGCCAUUUACCUGCGGGCGGAGAGCAGCUACAGGCCGAGCUCAAUGGCCUGCUGAUGGAUGAUCCUCAGGAAUUUGAAGUAGAUGUAAGCAGCAAGCCACGUGAUAAAACCAUCAUCGACAUGGAUGACGGUACCCUAACCUAUGUGAGCGACUUUGAAGCGGGAAGUGAAGCGGCGACGGCGGCGGCCAAUCGACAGUCGGAAACAUAUUUAAUUAACUUUAUGGAAAACGAUGAAGUUAUAACGCCGGAUGACCCCAUUCCCAUUGCGCCGCCCACUACCACAACCGAACCGGAUAUCGAACAAAUUCUCGCCGAGCUGGCGGAUGGAUCCUUGGUCCUGGUCUCGUCUCUGGACCCAGAGCACGAGGAUCGGGUGCUCAACGAAAUCUACAUGCUGGACAAAUCGACGGGAGAGCUGUGCGAAACACCGCUGAAUAUACCAGAGCAUAUUGUUCAAUGCAUAAUGAAUGUUAUGCAGUUAGAGGACUAACAACAUUUUAUAUAUUACUACUUUAAGAGUAUUUGUUAACGAUUAUAAUUUAUUAAAGCAUUUCGAAGGAUGCAUUUAAUUCA